UAACUUUAAUUUACUUAUUGCUAACUUAACGAGCUUAAGUAUCUAUACCUUUGUGUAAAAUGGUUUCAGAGGUUAAUUUCGCUGCACCGCAGUUAAAACCUCACAGAAUUGUAGCAAAAGAACAGCUAAGCAACCAAGAUUUUAGAAGGCUUUUACUAACGCCACGGACUAGUGACUCUGACCAAAUUAUUAACGGGGCAGCAGCUAGUUAUUAUGCAACAAUAAAGAAACAAUCCGCCCACCUAGCUCCUAGGAAAGCUACUACUCACAAAAGAAAGCAUAAUCCUAACGCGGAAUAUUUUAAAGAAAGGGCAAAAGCAGAGGCUGAAUUGGCAGCCAAAUAUAGAGACAGAGCUAAAGAAAGAAGAGAGGGCACUAAUCUUGACUACAAAGAAUCUGAAGAGCUUAUAAAGAAGAUACACUUGGACUUACAGGACCGAGAGUUGGCUUAUGAAGAGAGCAAGUUUUUGGGAGGAGAUUUACAGCACACGCACUUAGUAAAAGGUUUGGAUUAUGCUUUGCUUCAGAAGUCGAGGAACGAGCUGUUAAAAACUGCACUUGAAAGAGAAAAGUUGAAAGAAAAUACCAUUCAAUCCGAUGAAGUUUUUAGCGGCUAGCUGCACCGACUAGUGAUGGUUUAAAGGAAGGUUUUGAAGCUUGUAGGACACGACUGGGUAAGAAUAUUUGUAAGGUUUUAUUUAACCGUUUAAGGAAGCGUAAUGAGCUAUUUCAACCCGGUCGAAUGGCUUACGUUUUUGAUCUAACCGACUCUGAAGAUAUUUUCGAUCCCCCUACCACUGUCCUGCGCUCCUUGGCGGAUUUGACUGCUAGGGAUGACUAUCAUAGUGGUAGUCACCAAGAUUCUAGCAAUGAUAUUGUCAUUGAAAAACUACAACAAAUUUUUUUGUACACCCGCCAGGGAUUGCGAGGUAGGGAGAGUAAAAAGAAUCGGAAGUUAAAAAAGGCAGUGGUAAGUGCGGAUUCACGCGAUCUUCCAGAUAAUAAGCUUUUCCAAAAAGAAACUAUUUUCUCAGAAGACGAAGCCGACACAACACUUGCAGGGGAAGAAGUCAAUAGCACUAGCACAUUUUAUAAAGCAGAUCUUAAAAAUUACUUUGAAGUUUACGACUUAGCUAAUAGUAAGGUUAGUAUUAAUAAAGUUAGAGACAAAGAAUUUACUCUUGAGACGGCAAUUAAAGACCUUGAAGAUGAUGACAAUGUUCCGGACCACAAUAUAAAUGCGCCUGCCAAACAUCAAAGUAAAAAGCCGAGUCAAUUUUUAUCCUCUCGCAACGAGAUGGAGGAAAGUUAUUUAGAAUGUUAUCCUAAUUCUUAUGCGGCGGAUGUAAGUGUCAACCAAAGCGAUAGUGACGGCGAGCCAGACUUUACCAAAAUGGACAGCGGUAGUAAGAGGGCCCACUUAAAGAGAUGGGACUUUGAAACAGAAGUUGACUGGGAGAAACAUAAGGAGAAAGCAGAAGCCGUCCCUAAGGCCGCCUUCCAGUUCGGACUUAAAAUGGAUCAAGGGCGUACUACACGCCGAAAUAAGGGCGGGAAGUUGGACAUGAAGUCCAAGAUAGACUUAGAGUUGAACAAGUUUAGCCAAAUAAGAAAUCAAUAUAAAGGCACUAACGAACCAAUUUUAUAACACUUUAAUUAAAGUUUAAGGAUAUAUAUUUGUUUAUAUCGCUCUCGAAAGUUCAAGUCAUGCUCUCUAUUUUCUAAUAAGCUCGGCUUAGGCUUUAUUUAUGUAAUGGCUCCGAAAAUACUGCUUGAAUAUUUUCCCACACCACGUUUGGAGGGGAUGA